AUGGCUCUCUCUGUUCUGGCAUCAGCCAAGACGGCCUCAGGCGUUGACCGUCGAGCUCGCCGCACCGGCCCUCGCCCCAGGUCCCCCAAAUUGGGCAACUUUGCACGCCUUUACCAGACCGUUACCAACUUCAAGAGCGACGAGUCCGACAGCGACAAGGCCAAUUCACCCAUCCGCGGUUCCGUCUCCCCGGCUAGCGGCCAUGCCACCGUGGUCGGCCCCACAACCUCGCCCCUUCUGGGUAUGGGCCUCACCAGCAUCACCGACGACUUGGCUCGCCUCGAGAUCCCAGGCCGCAAUAACUCAGCAAUUGACGGCGCGAUUACCGACGACGACAGCCCUGCCAGAGACACUCCCGUGUCUGCUGACAUCGCCGGUUUCAGCCGCGACACCACCCCGACUUCUGCGAGUCCGGUCACUCCGGCCGAGGCCGAGCUGAGCCCAAAGCUCAACAUCAAAUCCCUCCUGGUCGGCUCCACCCCCGACCCGGAGUUCUACCCGUCGGACGACUCCGCGGACCCCUUCUGCGACCAGAUUCGCACAGUCCACGCGCAGGAGAAGCACGCCGAGUUCCAGAAGUUUGUUUUCCCAGCUGUUGCCCCACUCAAGAUCCUCAACCCCAAUGACAACCAUCUUGGUAAGCUCCAGCACAACGAGCGCAUCGCCCUUGCGAAGCUCGCCACCAAGCAGCUCAUCUCCCCCGUUGCUGAGCCGCUCGUCCUUCCUUGGGACAGCAAUGGCGACUUCCUGCCUGGCCACUACCAGCCUACGGUCAACAGUCCCUGGGCUCCUCAGAAGCCUGGUUUCAUCCACCUCAAGACUGUCUCCAGGAACUCAAUUGACCCUCUCUAUCGCGUCGACAAGAACACUCAGCUCAGUAUCCUAAAGGCCAAGCUUGACGAGCGCUUCGCCGAGGACAGCGCCCUGCGAUCGCACCCCCAGAUUCUCCAAUCUCAGGAGCCCAUUCAUGUCUUUGUCGAUCUGUCCAACAUUGUCAUCGGCUACUACGACUGCAUGAAGGCGAAGCGAGGAGUCUCGAACAACUACCGAGUCCAGGCUCCUCCCUUCUUCUUCGAGGCCUUUUCUCUCGUCCUGGAGCGCUACCGCCCCUGCGCCAAGCGCGCCGUCGUGGGCUCCCUCAAGCCGGCGAGCCAGCACCCCGACUACAUGAUGGAGGCCGAGCUGUGCGGCUACGAGAUGAACAUCCUGCAGCGUGUCACCGGCCCGAAGCCCAAGGCCUCCAACCCCCACAUCACCAAGAUGCCGAUGCCCGCCUCCGGAGCGCUCGACGAGGAGUCCGACGACUACGGCCCCUGGUGCCCUCCCAUCCAGGUCGCCAUGAAGCACCGCGAGCAGGGCGUCGACGAGAUCCUCCACCUGAAAAUGGUCCAGAGCAUCCUCGACGCGCCAAGGCCUGGAACAAUGGUCCUGGCGACGGGCGACGCCGCCGAGGCCGAGUUCUCGGACGGCUUCCUCAGCAACGUCGAGCGGGCCCUCGAGCGCGGCUGGAACGUCGAGCUCGUCGGCUGGCGGCGCAACAUCUCGGGCGCCUGGCGCAACGAGGCCUUCCAGGCCAAGUGGGCCGUGGGCCAGUUCCGCCUCAUCGAGCUCGACGACUUUGCCGAGGAGCUGCUUGGUUUCUGGCUGCGCCCUGGCCAGCGGGGAUCCCUUUGA